CGCUCCAAUCGCUUUCUUUUUGCUUUCGCUGCUGAGUUCCUUUGACUGUUUGCCUGUGUUAUCGUUUCUCAGCAGGGCGAAGGAAUGUCCCAAAUAAGGGGACGACGAUGUGUGCAAUGAGCAACGUCCGUCGAGGUCGAGUUAAGCUUGUUUAUCGUGUGCCUUACUGGACAGCGUCGUGACAGCAUUCAACAGCAAAGCUAAUGCGGCUGGAAGCUCUUCUCAGACGACGACGAUGAGUAAGCGGUCGGAACGACUGCCCGCAGAGCGGCCGACAGUCGAGGGCUCGGAACGACCCAGCCGAUCGCCGGCUGACGGCGACUUGGACCCAGACGCUGACGAACUCGAGCGAUUACGCUGCUCGAGCGUGCAAACGGAGCAAGUGAUCGCCGAGCGAAACCGACGCAAUGCCCGGCAGCCCAGCGCCGGUUACCCGGGGUUGGCGUUCGGCGGCUCCGUGUUCUCGUCGAGCACGCUGAUGCGCUUCAGGUUGAUUGCCAACGAGCUGCACAACAUUACCAACGUGCAGCUUAAGCGUGCCGAGGGCGAGGUGUCGGCGCUGCGCAACCGCAUCAACGCGCUCGGGGAGAACCUUGGCCGCGAGGAAAGUGAACUUCGCCAGGCAAGCCACGAGGUGUCACUCGCCAGGAUGGAAAGUCAACAGGAGGGAGAUGACGGCGAAGAGGACGGGGAGAUGUCUCUGCUCGACACGCAGCUGAUCGAGUCUAAACUCAGGUACGAGGCUGUUGCCCGGCAAAUCGCGCUUCUCGACGCCGAGUUCGAACCGACCAAGGCAGCUUCGCCGUGUGGUGCCGAAAACGACUCAAGCUCAGUGGCGUCGACGUCUGACGCCGCCGCACCUGUUUGACUAUUACUGUGUUUCAAACCUGCCACUGUCAAUUGGGCGGAAAUGUGAGCACGGUCUUCUUGUGGGUGGCAGUAGAGAGCUCUCGGCGCCACUAAGGUCAGUGAAGUCAGGUGAGGCUGUCGUGAAAUUGUAUGUGAUCUGUAACGGAAGCUUGCACUAGUUAGUGUUUCGGUGGUUUGAAAGCAAGCAGGUCGGAAGUGGCCCAAAGUACCGUUGCUAUCCACUUACAGGUGACUCAGUGUUUCAUCUUGUGUACGUCUUCCGCAGCAUCUUACCUGUUGUCAAUUCCUAACCUUCGCUCAAUCCUGGUGUGCCUUUUAAUUGUGAAGUUCCUGUAGUGUCAAUAGCGUUGUUGUUGACGGGCUCUCAGCAAUUAUUCUGUAAUUGUUGGAAGACUGCUGCUGCAGAAUGUCACUUGUGAUGAGAAUACAGUGAAGUAACUGAGGCAUAUGUACUUGGGCAUACAGCCAAUGUCAACGAUGAAGCAAAACACUGUCAUCACAAGAAAUACAAGAAAUGUAUAUAUAUAUUCAGAAGCUUUAUUAUGAAUGGCAGCAACUGCUGACAUUCCAAAAAUUGUGAAGCAAUAAUGCAUUGCAGCUGGGGAGGCAGAUUUAUGUGCAAUCUUUCGAGAAGGUAGUUAAGGGGCAAAGGAAUUGUCCUGUCCAGUUAAUGGUACAUCACCUACUUGGUUAUUUAAAAAAAAUAUAUAUAUAUAUCAGCGUCAUACCUUGGAAAUUCAACCUGCAGAUGUAUUGUUAAACAGUACUGGGCACAUUGCUGCAAUGUUGAGCAGACCUGAAAUGUUUUAUAUUUUUGGUAGAAAAGCUACCACAUAUCCAAGACUAAUGUUUAUACAAGUGCAGGAUGUUGCCACCAAUACCUCACUGAUAGCGUCAUGGUCUAGCAUAAAGCAUGAAAAAUGUGUCACUGUUAGAAAUGUUCUAUAUAUUUAUUAUGUGAAAAUAUUUUAAAUGGUAUUUUUAUCUUGGUGACUAUUGCAACUGCACCGGAGCAAGCUAGGAUGAUUGCGAGGUGAAAUCUGUGGUGGCAUGUAUUGAAUUGUGAGAAGUCUCAGCCAGGGGUGUUCAUCUGUGCUUGAAGGCACACCAAUAGGUAUGAGUCUCAAAGAAUACUGUGCCCCUUUUGGCUGUUGCUUUAUAACAGAGCCGUAUUGUGUUUUCUCUGUGCUUUUAGUCACAGUUUCUGUGUGAUAAGUGCACAUGCAGAUACUGCAAAACAAGCACCCAAACUCAGCCAUCCGUUUGUGAUAACGUCUAGCGCUUCCUCUUGCUAUCUGUGGCACAAACACUUCAAAGCCUGUAUUUAGAAAAGCUCUUUCUAUCUAGUGCCUAAAUUGAGUUGUGACAUCUGUAGAUUACAGUACUGCCUUAAGCCACAUUAGCUUUGCCAUGUGGGGACAAGUUUGACAAGUGUUCUACUGGAGAGAAAUCUCCUUUGAUAGGUUUGAAGAUAAUGUCCAUUUUCGUGAUGCAUUCUUUUUUAGAUAUCCACUCUUACAGUUCUUUGCAUGUCUGCUGACCGCAAGCAGCUGCGUUAAAUCAUGCCUUAAGUGCAGCUUUAGAUGCCUGAUUUCUGAGAAAACAUCUUUUUAACCUGAGUACCUUUGAGGUGCACUCAUCAGGGAGUAAUGACCUGUACAGUGGCCUGCGUCCUUUCUUUAUUUUUUUCAAACACUGUGAUUAGGAAACUAUGCUUACAGUUGCACUGUUCAGGCUGAAAUUUGGCAACAAAUGGCAUUUUUUGGUCCACAUCAUUCAGUAAGACAUUUUGCAUCUUGAAUGUGUAGUUCAUCAGCAAAUGAAAAAAAUUAAUGUUGUAUGUGCACUUCAUCAUUGGAGAAUAAAGCUGCUCCAGAGACGACUGAAAAUGGCCAUCUGCCUACAACUAAAUGUUUUGGCAAACGAGGCAAACCUACCGGUCCCUUGAGCGGUGCAGACAGUAAAAUGCAAUUCUGUUGCAAUAUUUAGUGACAAAAAAUAUUGCUGAGAAAUUCAGUAAACAUAGCAGCAGUAUGCAUAAAAUUUUCUUUUUAAAUUGAUAGAAUAAAAACAGGAAACUGCAAAUGCUUAGAAUACCUUUCGUGGUGGUGAAAGUUAUGACUUCUUGAACCAUUAACGACUGAAUACACCAGAACACUCCUUAGCUGAUUAUGUUUCCCAGUUUUACAUCGUCAUAACUACCAUUGCAGUGCUGCCUACAUGCAUUGUGUUGCUGUUGUUCAGCAAGGAGCAGCUGUGUUACAAACUGGCACAUGUUUUGCUAACAGUGAGUGUGGACUUGUUGUAGUCCUAAGCACUGCAUGUAGAUGUCUUGCUGUAGUUCAUGAGGUCAGCUGUUUGAUCCCUGGCCACAUAAGUGGUCAAGAUGCCAAAAUGCAGGCAAGCCUGUGUAGGAGAGAAUUCAGCCCAUUUGGUGACUCUUUAUAGUUUAAAUUUUAUCAGAGUCAUUUAAUAAGGCAUCCACCGUGGGCAUGCUGUGGCUUUGGCAUAUAAAAUUCACUAUUUUAAACACAAUCACUAACGGGGCUUUUGCAAGCAGAUGGAAUGGUGCAACGAACUUCUUGGUGCUAGAAAAAUAUUUGACGACGAAAGAAUAGGUGCUCGUGUUGUUAGUUAUUUCUCUUGUUUUUAUUUGGUGCUAUUCUAAAGAGAAAAAAUGAACCUAGUGUUGCUGAAAUUGGUCUCAUUUAUAUGGGAAAAUCAAGGGAACAGGGUAGAUUUUAGGUGAUGGUCUUCUUGCUUUAAUUGAAUGCUUCAAUCAAGUAAGCAGGAGAUGCUUCAGUGACCCUUUGUGGCUGUACAUUUUGACUAUGGGCAGCAGGAGGCGAGUUUUGUCUGGCCUGUCAUUUAAGGCAGCUUUGUAAUAUUCAAGUGUAAGUGUAUUGCGUGUUUAAUGUACACCGUAAUGUGCCUAAAUGAUACUGUGCCUUGGGGAAUAUUGUUAAUAGUACUGGGGGGGGGGGGGGGGUAUUCUGUAAAUGUCCACCUAGCAGACAUGUCCAUUUCGGUUGCCACUGAAGUGCUGAUUGGCUGGGAUGGGGUUCCAGGGAGAAGGAAACGGGCACCCACCGCCAGUUUUCUUGUUGCUGGCUCAGCUCUGGCCAAUCAGCGGCAGCUGAAAUGGAGAGUUCACUAGGUGGGGGACAUUUUCAUAAUACUGCGCCCCGCUCCCCCCCUUCUCUGUUAUGUUAUACACAUGCAACCCUGCUCAAUGGAAUUUGUCUGUAAUGAUGAUGAAUGUACCUACAUAUAGAGCUGCUUACAGAACUUUUUUGAACAUGGAAGCUGCAAAAGAUCUUUGACGCCAUGCAGACACUGCAUGAGGGGAUUGACUGUAUAUCUGUACAACUUAUGCAUUGCACCACUCAAUUCUAGAUAUGAAUUUAUGCCGUAAGUAAAUCAAUAUUAAAGUUAUCUAUUGUAGUGACCUGGGGGUGGAGAUGUACUUGCCACAUUAAUUCUGUGCUGUGCCAGGAAAUCUGCGACUUCAAUCUAUAUCUUGUACACAAAAGGCCUAUAUUGUGGUUUUUAUUCUUCACAUUAGUGAAAAUUGGCUAAAAGAAACACACUGAAGAAUAAAUCCUUCAUCAAAUCCUUGCAGCAAAUAUUCAUUUUUUUCUUGCAUUCUGUGCAGAAAUGCUUUGUCAAAUAUCAAAUAAACUUGAGUAACAGCGAUUGUACAAGAUAGCAGUUAUAAAGCAGGCUUAUACCUAAUAGCUCUAUGGCCAGUUCACUGCAUAUGCUGUGCCUGUAUGUGCCUCUGCAGGAGCUGAAGCCACCCAGCUCUCUUGUCAUGGCCAUGAACCAAGCCUAAACUAUGUGCCUUAGCAUUGGUUGAGCUGUCUGCAAAUGAGGUCCACCAGUGAUGUGCAGAAAGUUCACACACCACUGCAAAUGUUUGUGGCAGCUACUGUUUGAAAUAGUGCAACUCUUAACUGUAUGUAAUAUUGCACUAUCAGUCGCUAUCACUGCCUCACAUUUGAGGGGAAACUGAUAUUUUUAUUUUCGUGACUUCUAUGUUCUAAGAACUUCUGUGAGCACCUGCGUCAUUUCCAAGAGACACAAGUUGGCCCACUGAUUUCCUUGUUUAUGUAACAUUUCCCAUUUACCUCGCAGAAUUUGGGAAAUUAUGAUCCUUCUAAGCUUUUGGAAGAAAAUGAUUGCAAGAACAACUUUGUGCUUUCAUACAAUGUGUAAAAUUAGCACUGAAGUUUUUAAAUUAUGCUCAUAGUUCUACUAAACUCAUCUUUUGGGGCAUGGAAAUGGCUUUUCUUGUGUGUCAUGUGUUGUGAAACUGUUUUUCCAGUCAUGGUUUAUGUACCAAAGACUGUGGCUUAUAUAAGUUGUAAGCAUUGUAGGUUUAUGAAGCUGCUACUUUAUUUUAGUGCAUUGACAGUGCAGUCUUGAGGACCUUACAGAUUGCAAUUUUUAAUGACUUUAUAGAGAAGCCUUUAUAUCUGUAGAUCUUUAGAAUAGCAGUUGCAUUUCUGGUUAGGGCCACAGAUAUUAGUUCCUUUCUUAGUACUGCCAUCUGCUCAUGGUAUUUUUCCUGGCAGGCAGCUAUCAAAUGGUUCUAAAAUUGCAACUCAGCUUUUCAACUUUUGUGCUUUCUUGGUACUUGUAUCAUUACUGUGUCAUGCAACAGUUGUUGUCUCAGUUUUGUAUUCUCUUGUAAAUUUCAGUGGUAGCUUGUGCUCAGUCUUUAUAUGUCAGUCUCACAGUAAUGGUAAAGUUAUGUCGGCUCUAACCACCACAUUAAAGAGACACUAAAGGGAGAUAUGUCAAGAUUGAUUGCUACACUUUCAGAAAUAGAAAACACGUUGGUUUUAGAAAGAACAGAGGUUUUGUAAGCCAAGAAACUGUGGAAGUGAACAACAAGUGGUAGGGCUAGCUUUAAAUUAGUGAAGCAGCAUUGUGUGACAUAAGAAAUCUUGGCUGCAAUUAACAGCAAGGGAAAUCAUUAGAUGGGAGAUACUAGUUCUCAUUGAUGAGCUACUGGUAUAUAUAUAUAUAUACUCACAGCUCCGGCAUGGAAGUUCAACCACCGUGGAAAUGAUAAUGGAUGCUUGGCUUUUAGCAUCCUUGCAGCAUUGUGUAUUAACUUUUAUCAAGAUAGUCUGGCAGUUAUUAUGACAGUUACUAGUCAGACCAUUCCAAACUACCCAUAGCAAAUGUUCCUUUUGAAGACAGGGUUUUUGUUAGAGACUUCAGAUAGAUUUGAGGUUCAUGGGAAUUGAGUAUCUAGCCGCUUUUGUCGUCAAAUUAGACUAUUUGAGGCCUUCUAGUGCAUGUAGCACAAAAAGAAAAGUAAUCAAAAUGAAGCUUGGAACAAAUAAGACGCACUGAGUUAGCGUGAGGUAUGUGUGGAGCAGUUAUAAUGCGUAAUUAGCGCAAAAGGGCCGAAGUAAAACCCGGAUGUGCUCGUCCAAACUGCGCGUGCCUAUAACAGGAACCAGAAGUGUAACUAAACGAAAAAUAUGGAAGAUGGUACAGCCUAGCAAUGUGGGCUGAUCCCAAAGGUAGUGCAGUCUAAACAUCAAACAACAUGAUACACUAAUGUGCAAGUCGAAUAUAAACCGAAUGUCUGAUAUAUAUAUUCUUUAAAAGAAGCAAGGAUGAAAAGGAAAAAAACAAGGUUGAAAAAACAACUUUUACGUCUUUCGAUACUCGCAACAUAAUUUGCCAGAGGUGUACGACCCAUGCUCUGAGGCGACAACAACAGUUUGCAAGUCAGUUCAGCUGGGAGCCAGUUUACAUGAAAAAAUUCAGAUUGAUCACAGUUUAUGUUAACAUCACCAUGCCAUUAAUAUAGGAUAGGCUGUGUCAUACAGCCACGUGUACAUUAAGUAUAGGUUGAUUAUAUAGUAAUCUGGUUUCGAAAGUGAUUGUUCGUACCGCGGAACUACAACAGCAUACAUUGUUAGUGUGCUGAAUACGGUUAGCUUGACCAAGAGGCACAAACUUCUGUUCAGCCGAGAUAAUAAAUUUGAACGCAUUGUUGAGACGAAUGUUUUACAAUACGGGUAGGAAUAUUUACCCUGAAAAAUGAUUACAGAUCGAACAAAGAGAGAGAGAGGUUACCAGAAUAGUGGAGUAUCUGAAGUUUUUUAACUAUCACAGGCACAGUUCUUUCUACCAACCAGCACGCUCCAAAGUAGUAGCCGUUAAUAUCCGGCUAAGCCAAAUAUGUGAAAAAAUCGCAUAUCAACUUUCGAUUCUAAACGAGAAUAUUCUAUUUGUAUUCGCAGUUAGCCAACCGCAAACAUAUCAGGUCACAACCACAUUCAUAGUCCUGUGUUUAAAGCCCUGUGCCAGCAGUGCGCAAAAAAAGACUCCCUGUUCUUGUUUCAUACCUGACACGCAGGAUGCUCUCUUUUCUUUCUCUUUAACGAUGCUAUUUAUAGGAACAGGAACACACCAUGAGAACCAUGAAGGCAGCAAUGGCAAUCUGACAUAGUGGUGCAAAUGUUAAUCAACAAGAGAUUCGAAAUUUGAUGCAAAACUGUACCCCUGUCAGUAGGGCAGAUUUAGGGUCACUUUAAGCGAAAUUUAGCGUCAUUUUUACUCGACGGUUACUCUCAUUCGUAGUCAAUCAGUCGGGAAUUCAUAGUGACAGUAACAAAACUUACUCCCCUAUGGCAAUGUUGGAAGCGCAUGAUAUUACAAGACGUUGAAUAAAACGAAAACGCAGCAUUGUCCAAACGGAGCUCCUCCCUGCAGCAAACAUGAUUCCUUAUCAACGAGCACAGAGAUGGCGGCAAGUUUUAUUUUGUGGGUGUGAAGCUCGCUUGUCGAAUCUCAGUCGAGAAACUUUUAAGGAAUUGCCACGUUUGUCUCAAUUCCUGAACUGCGUUGUUUCUUUUAAUAACAUAGACAACUGAAAUGCCGCUCGUUUCCUUUUUUCUUGCUCUCGUUUGCAUGGAACAUGUACGACAUUUUACAAAUAAGUAUUGAUGUGAGUGAGUUCACUAGCUCAGGAUAACUUCUGAAGCGCAUAAAAACAUAUUGGACAGUAAUUAGGCUGUUAAGUUUCUUAGGACAUUAGUGAACGUUCCUAGAAUCAUAUUUUGCUCCUAAACGUGGGUGGCUCAUGCAGCGGAUAUACAUGUAUAUGGCGUUCUGCUGCCGAGGACGAGGACGCGGGCUCGAUUCCCGUUUGUGGCGGCCGCAUUUCGACGGGGGCACAUUGCACAAUGCAGUAUAUAAUGCGUGUACUUAAAUUCAGGUGCACCUCACAGAACCCCCAGGUGGCAAAAAGGCCCGUGUCGCUUUUGUGCUGUUGCCAAAAGUACGAUGCACCCCCAGGUGGUCAAAAUUAAUCCGGAACUCUCCACUAACGGCACCAGUGCAACAGGAUGUAUGACCGCGUUACUGUCAUUUGCCGGUCUUAACAAAAUUAUCACUGUAUUUUCUCGACUCUAAACACUCCGCUAGUCAAGGCAACCUUCCAUCUUCUUGAGCAAAAAUGAAGUGUUAACGCUGUUUAAUUCGCUUUGUAUCUAAGCGCGCUUUCUCACUAUGGUCAUUAUCAUGUCGUGAACGCGAAAAAACAAAGUAAACCGUUAAAGGGACGCUAAAUAGAAAAUCAAGUUGAGCUGUAUUAGUAAAUUACUCUUCUACAAUACCAUAAAAACCACUCUCGCCUUAAUAAGCCAGAAAAGUCGCAAAACCUAAAGACGGGUGGCGCCGCCGCCUUGCAAUUCGCGCACCAGCUCACGGUGACGUCAUACAUUUUGACGGCCCCUGCUCCCUUACCCACUUUCCCAUAUAGGCCUGGAGCCAUUAUUUAAAUGUACUAUCUCUCUGCUCGGGCAUAGUAUUAUUUUUUUUUAUCGGUAAGAUGGACUACAUUGUAUUCUAAAGGAGCCAAAGACUGAACUCCGAGAACACUUAAAGCGCCACAAUAGCCCAUAUGCGAGGAAAUUUACUUAAAAACAGAUGACGUCGCGCUGACGUACCGGCAUUGAACUAUACCGGCAUUGAACUAUGGCCUUCAUUUUCUGUUCUAGUAAUCAACCUCUUAACCGCAAAAUUAACGAAAAUGGACUACUGAAAGAACACUUUAUCAGCCUAAACUGAUUUAUUGUUUCCCUUUAGUGUCUCCUUAAAUUAGAAUAAGUGCGGUACUUUUACGCACGGGUUGGUUUUCGUCAUUCGAACGGUGGUUGAACGAUCGCGAUGCUGGACUGCUCUGUGGUAGCAAUAAUUUUAUGCAAAACUCUGUGCCGUCGUGUUGCCUGCUUUAGCUGUUUGACGCACGUUGUGCCGAGUUGUAACAUCGAUUGUUUGGACACGUUAUCGAGCAGCAAUUGUGUGCAAUUCGCGUGAAGAUGGCAAGACAAAAACGAAAGACCGGUAUUGCGUAGCCUUAAUUCUUACGUGUGUUAAGACCCUGAAGGAUCGUCUCGCCACUUUCACUCGUGACGAAUUGUUCCCGCUGGGUUGCGCGGAAAAAGCGUGUCGCACAGCACAAAGGGUGGCUUCGUGGCCGGGGGCUCUCGCACGAGUGCAUUGUUAUGUACUUCCUCGUGCCCUUUUUAUUAUAGUUUUCUUUCCUAUUAUGUGAACUGGUGACUGGAAACCAUUUGGAAUUGCCGUUUUGUUAUACCUCGCGGAUCACUCGUGCAAGAAAUGUGGGAAGUGUGCAACAGCCGAAACGAACUCCGUGCCAAGCAUGAAAUUUUUUUCUCUUCCCAACUUCAGUUUUCUUUCUUUCUUUUUUUUAUUACCCACAUUUGUAUUGUGCAAUGCAGUGCAGGCCUGAGGGAGGAAAAAGAAAACGACGGCUGCCUGAACCGUGGAGUAGCAGCGAAUGUAAUUGUUAUACCGUUUACAGUGUUUGAAUAUUUUGUAUAUAUAAAUUUUUGCAUUAAACA